AUGGCCUCAACUCUUCCGCCUCUUCAUGUAGUAGUAACACCGCUUCCUGCUCAAGGCCAUGCCAACCCUUUCUUUCAUUUGGCAAAACUUUUAGCAACCCGAGGGUUUUUCAUCACCUUCAUCAAUACAGAGUGGAUUGAGGAAAGGAUUUUUAGACCUCCCAACGAUGCCGCCGAAGUCUCGCGUCGGUUGCAGCAGCAAGGAAUGCAUUUUCGCUUUCUCACUCUUCCUGACGGCCUUCCUCCUCACCACCCUCGCCAUCUUAUAAUUAAUGAGUUUUUCGAAGCAAUGCACAAACUAAGCCACGCAAUGGUUAGACUGCUCCAAAGUAGAGCCAAUGAAGCCCCGCCAAUAACAUGCAUUAUAACGGAUUCCCUUUUCGCCUGCACUGAAGAGAUGGCCACAGUCCUUGGCGUUCCCCGCGUCAUAUUCUGGACAUUCUCUUGCUCUGCGUCCAUCGUAUUGGCCAACUCCCAGCUCCUGCUUGACAAGGGACUCAUUCCAGUCAACGUGAAGGAUGCAGAGCGGCCAGAAAGCUUUAUCACCUGUCUGCCUGGAAACAUACCACCAGUCAAGCCAAAGGAUCUCAUGGUUUUGUUCCAAGAGAAGUCCGAUCCCAUGUUUGAAAUCAUGAUGUACAUAUCGGACACGCAGAAGAAGGCCGAUUACAUGCUCGUUAAUGUGUUUGAAGAGCUCGAAGGUCCAGAGGCCGUUGCGGGUCUCUCCUAUGAGUGCCCUGCUUUUACUAUCGGCCCUGUCUUCCUCCAAGAGUUUCUAGAAGCUGCAAAAUCUUCGUUAAGCAUUUCUACAAGCCUUUGGGAGGAUGAUCUUGACUACCUUAAGUGGCUUGACACGCAAGAACUCUCUUCUGUUUUGUACGUUUCAUUUGGAAGCAUCGCCGUGAUGUCGACGGAGCAGUUGCAAGAACUGGCUCUAGGGCUGGAAGCCAGCCAGCAACCUUUUCUAUGGGUAGUCAGGGCUGACAUAGCCGAUGGACAAUCCGCGGUUUUGCCUGAAGGAUUUCGCGAAAGAGUUAAUAGCCGUGAAACGCUUGUGGGUUGGGCUCCUGAGUUAAAAGUUCUAGGUCAUCCAUCUGUGGGAGGAUUAUUGACGCGCAAUGGGUGGAACUCUACUCCGGAGACCAUAAGCAUGGGUGUGCCUAUGAUCCGAUGGCCCUUAUGGGCAGAACAGUUGAUCAGAAAUAAGUCAGAGAAUUAA